AUGGAAAAGGGACCGAGCAGUGGAAUUGACACCAUCAAAGAGGUUUCUUCAAAGAAUAAGAAGAAAUGUGACAAAGACAGGGAGAUAUGGAAAAAGACAGUGAAAGAAAACACUAAUGGAGAAAAAAUAAAGGAUUUCCUAUUCUGUUCCUUUGCAGCCUGGAGAAACGCACCAUUAUAUGCUGAUUGGAGGAAAGAAGAGUUUGAAGCUGUAAAUUUGACUCUGGAUGCAGCCUCUGCCCAUCCUGCCCUCCGCUUGUCUGAAAAAGGGAGACAAGUAGCCUGGCAAGAAAGGCCUCAAGAUCUACCCAGCUCCACACAGAGAUUCGACUCCCUCCCCUGUGUGCUUGGUCAGCUAAAUAUCACCUCAGGGAGAUGCUACUGGGAGGUGGAGGUCGGGGACACGUGUUCCUGGGACCUGGGAAUUUGUAGGGAUAACAUAACAAGGAAGGGGGUGGUCACAAUGUCCCCACAGAAUGGUUUCUGGGCCAUCAGGCUCUAUGAGGGGGAGUACUGGGCCCUCACCUCCCCAGAAACUCUUCUUAUUCUAAGAGAAAUACCCCUUAGUGUGGGAAUAUUCCUGGAUUAUGAAGCUGGAGAUGUAUCUUUCUAUAACAUGACAGAUGGCUCCCACAUUUUCACUUUCCCCCAGAACACAUUCUAUGGUAUCUUAAGACCUCUUUUCAGACUUUGGUCCUCUGACUCAGGCCCCUUGACUAUUGUCAAGGUGGAGCAGAACUGACUGAUAUUGCAAUUUAUAUGCCUACCCAUCUCCUACUAGCCACAAAUCGAUUUUUUUCUUCCUCCUUACUGGUUCAUUCUCAAGAUGAAGUUCUGGGACACAAACAGAUGGUUGCCCCUCAUAUCAAUUCUCCCUUCUUCCUUAGUUAUAGGCUCCUUCUUCUUAUUACUGUGCCCUAUGACAGCCUAGUAUAAAGAUUAGAUUUCCUAGCCCUACCUGCUGAAUGUGACUACGUGAUGAGCAGUGCAUUAUAAACUGAAUUACUCUGUAUGACUUAUGGAAUAUGUCCUUAAAGGCUAAUUCUAUGUCUUUUUUGUUUUCUUUCCUUUUACCAAUGGUUAUAAUGUGUCAUGAUGCAUGGAAACCGUAGAACAUUUCUGACAUUGUAAUGUGACAUGGAUGGCAGAGAACACAAUGAGCAUGGGUUUUUGACAACUUCAUGGAACUACUCUAUUGCACAAUUCUUGAAUUAUUUUCUGUGAGAAAUAAACUUUUAUCUUUUGGCCAUUUAUACAUUGGAUUUUUGACAGUUAUGAUUGAAUCUAAUCAUAACUGAUGCAGCCUCCCUAUAAGAACAGCAGCAGAUGACAUCCAUAGUUGACUAUGCAGGUGAAACAGGUGUAAAGUCCUGUACUUGCUUGCUUAGCCACUCCUGCACUCCAGUGUGUCAGCCUCAACUGAGCCUCUCAACUUCCCCUGAUCCAUCAGUCCCUCUCGACUUCACUUGCUGCCCUUUCCUAUGUAGAUGCCUGACUAAUAAUUUUAAGUAUUCUCUUACUAAUAAAUGAAAAUCCCUGGACUCAUUGUCUUUGUUUCCCAUCUGCUUGGCCAAACUCCAAACACGAAUAGAUCUACUUAUCCAUUUCCCAUACUGGGAGCUUAACCCUCUGUAAAAAUCCACACAUAUGAGCAAAUUGGUUCCUCUAUAGUCGCCUAUCACAACGUGGAUGCCAGCACCAUCUGGUAAUCGUCCCACGUGUCUCCUACCAUCUGCUGUUCCUUACUUUUGCACAGUCAAUUUCAUUAAAAGUUACACUUUCUUUAAACUUCAAACUCUGCU